UUAUGUUCCAGUCGACGUAACAUGCUCUAACAUAUCCCAAACUACUGUACAUAGUACACUCUACAUGCACCAGCGCAGCAGGCAGCGUGCUACAACUGGCAAUUAUAACAACAAACAUGGACGCGGUAGACUCGGCAACACCUGCAGUUGGGGAGGGCUGGCAACCGCCUCUAUUUAGCACAUCAACAUGGCUUCUGAUCAUCACAGCCGUUGGUCUCCUAUUUGUCUACGAUUACUGGAGCCAUCAUUAUCUGGCAAGAUUGGGUAUUCCUGGAGGAAGCUCGAAGCCGUUUAUCGGUAACACCCUGGACUUCUUUUCCAACAAAGAUGGAAUUGUGGGCUACCAUGCGGAGUGCUUUGCCCGCUACGGGAAAAUGUUCGGUUUUUAUAUGGGCUGGCGCCCCGGAGCGAUAACUGCAGAUGUCGAUCUGGUCCGAUUGUUGUGCAUCAAGGAUUUCACCAGUUUCACAAAUCGGAAAAAGCAGCCGAUUGACAACAAGCCAUUUGACAAGUCACUGACUGUCCUGAGAGAUGACCAUUGGAAGGACGUGCGGGGAAUCCUCAGUCCAACGUUCAGCGGCUCCAAGAUGAAGCUGAUGGCGCCACUCAUCAACGAUUGCCUCGAUCCUAUGAUCAGAAAAGUUGCUAAACACCACGAAGAAGGCAAGAGUUUACAGAUGAAAGAUAUCUACGGUGGAUAUCUGAUUGAUGCUAUCGGCAACUGCGCUUUCGGUCUGACUCUCAACUCGCAGGAAACUGAAAACGACCCAUUUCUCUCCAACGCCAAAGACAUUUUCAAGUUUAGAUUUACCUUCACGCUCUUCGUUUUCAUGUUUUUGCCAUUCCUGGCUCCCGUGCUGAACUAUUUCGGUGCGACUACCUUCAGACGGUCAACUAUGAAUUUCUUUGAGAACAUCAUGGACCAGGCAGUGGAACUCCGGAGAAGUGGAGCGGAGCGGAGAUUGGAUUUCCUGCAGCUGAUGUUAGACGCCCACAAGAAAUCCGACUUGACGGCUGAAGACAAAGAACAGGCGACCGAGGAAGAGAAGUUGGAAGAGGAGCACCGCAAGCACAUGAGCAAGAAAUCCCUGACGAUGGAUGAACUCAAAUCACAAGGAUUGGUCUUCUUCCUCGCCGGCUUUGAGACCUCCAGCACCACGCUGGGCUUCGCCUCCUACCUCCUGGCAACCAACCCGGAAGUUCAGGACAAGUUGGUGAACGAGAUUGACACCCUGGCCCCCGGACGCGAUGACGUCACCUAUGAGAAUAUCACCAAGAUGACCUAUCUGGACCAGGUCAUAUGUGAGACGCUCCGAGUUUACCCUCCCGCCAUCGUCAUUUCCCGUGAGGCCAGUCGGGACUACCUGUAUCAAGGAUACACCAUUCCUGAAGGCAUUGAGUUCUUCAUCUCAGUCUGGCAGAUCCAUCAUGAUCCGGAGCUGUGGGAAGACCCGGACAAGUUCGACCCCGACAGGUUCACACCAGAGCAACGCGAAAACCGCCAUCCAUGUGCUUGGAUUCCAUUUGGUGUUGGCCCUCGCAACUGUAUUGGAAUGCGCUUCGCACUGCUGCAGGCUAAAAUGGCAUUGGUUCGGAUGCUGCAGAACUUCCGCCUGGAGACUUGUGCAGAGACUGAGAUUCCGCCAGUCCUCGGCAAGUUUGGAAUCCUGACUCCAGACAACGGUUUCAAAUUGUCGGCUGUUCCUCGAUCCUAAGGCCCUUUACCAACUAGAAGGCUAGAUGCUUAGGAAGAUCACGCCAGAGCCGGAAUUCUAACCUGAUAUGAUGACACGUCCCACGUAAUUCCUGAGUCAAUGAUCACCAGCUAAUUGGUCAAAUUAGACAUUUUCUGAAGUAUCAUGGCUUGAAUCUGAUUAGUGAGCAUCGAUAGCUUUUGAAUCCUUUUUAUUGAAUGCAAUGAUUUUUUUUAAAGAAAUCAUACAGAGGAAAUUCAGCUCAUCUUGUUUUCAUGCGCAUUACUAGAACACGUGUUGCAACAAUACAUACAAGCUCAUAAUACUUGUUUUCAUUACAAGUAACAGGAAAGUAGUAAUUUUUGAAUUAUAAUUAGGAGAUCCUUUCAUCAAUACACUAAGAGGGCGCUAUUUCACUUUUGUCGCACAGGGUACGCCUGUUCAAAAGUGCAUAUUAACAGUACAAAAAAGUUUUGAAGAAAUAUUGGCCAUUACUUUGUCCAAACAAGCUGUUUGGCAUGAUAAACAAGUGAAAAGUGGAAUUUAAUGAAAAAAAGUUUGAUCUAUGAUAUUUCUACAAUGGAGACGCUAUUGAUCUGCCUUGAAUAACAUUUCGCUUUGGCUCAUGAAUAUGGAAAUUUUUAUUAGCAUAAAAACUUAAAUGUUGAAAUUUCUCCCUUUUACUGCUACAAAGGAGGUGGAAAGUCAUACUAACAUGGCAAGGGAGCUGUUUUAAUGUAUUUAAGUCAUAAAAAUCAUAUUGCAUGUUUCCUUCAAGUCUUUGGGGUUCGUAAAUUUAUUUUUGUUCCUGACCUGCUCCUCGAGUGGCACUGACUCAAGAGAAACUAUUUGACAACAUCAAGCACUAUGCUUUUUGCAUCAUAAGACUGGAUGCUUAAAAGUUGUUUGUUGUGUUUUGUUAAUUGUAAACGAAUGGAAGCUAAAGUAGCAUCGAAUCACUAACAAAAUGUGUAAAAUUGUUGAACCGCCAUUUUAAUUGGAAUAUUGUAUCGUGUUAUAUUAAAUUUUAGAGAUGGAAAUUAUGUUAAUGGAA